AUGGCGUCACAAGCCACCGAAACCACGCCCUUGGUGUCGUCCAUGUCGAGCUCCAGUCGAGCAGCCCCCACCAAGCCCCAGCGCACCGUCACGUUCAACCCGACCGUCAUCUCUACCAGCCCGAAGCCAGCCCAGUCUCGCUCCUUGUCCCACAGCGCGUCGUCUUCGGGCCAUGCCGCCACGACCCAAGGCGGGCAGCCCAUGCUGUCGACGCUGAAUAGCAAGCUGCGAAGGAGAAACAGUUCGGGGGCGCCCGCCAGGAUGCCCCCAGCCCCGGCACCCAAGAUUGGCCCGCAACGAACGACGAGGACGGCCCAGAAACUGAAGCUGCUGCCCGACCCGGCUGCCGACGAUGCCGAAGACGAAGAGAGCGGACGCGAUGUUUACGUACAGUACACGCGUAUCAAAGACCCUACGGCGAGGAGAGACGCCGCGAGACUUGGAAAGGCAGACCGAGAGCGGCUGCCAAGGGUGACGGCAUACUGCACGGCGGCUUCGUACAAGCUCGACGAGCUGAUGCGCUUCUUGAAGGGCAAGCAAAAGACAAGAGGCACGCUGCCCAAGCGCUUUGACGAGUGCAUAUACUCGCCCUACAACUAUGGCUCGACAAAGGGCCCAGAAGACGUCAGCAGCUCGUCCGUCCUCGACGGCUUUUCAGACGAGAGGCCGCGAAGGUUCUCCGACAGCGCCAUUGAAGUAGAGCACGAGAACGAGCGCAGGAGACAGGACAUUCUCGACCUGCACGACGAGGGCGACGCGCCCGAUAUGGCAAACGAGCAAGGUAUCGGCUCAAGACGCCCCGCCAUGACGCAUGCCGACUCAGACCCCCCAAUGGACACGCCGGAUUUCGACACGCGUGUGCAUACCCCCGAAGUGUUUCUUUUCGAGUACGGCACCGUUGUCAUCUGGGGCAUGACGCUCCAGGAAGAGAAAAAGUUCCUCAAGGAGAUUGCCAAGUUCGAGGUGGACAAGCUCGGCAAGGAUGAGAUUGAGACGGAGGAGUUUAAUUUCUACUACACGCGCGAAUACCAGGCGCGGAUAUACAACGACUUUAUCAGUCUGCGCGACAAGAAGAACUACAUGAUCAAGCUGGCCAUUAGUCACGGGCUGUCGCAGAGCGUCAAGACGUCGCUUUUCGAAGACUUGGUCGACAACACGAUUGACGAGACCAAAGACAUUCCCGCCGAGAUUGCGAGCUCUGGAAAGAUCAAUCUCAACAAGAAGCAGAUCAACAUGCAGAUUGGCGAGCUGUUCAUUCUCCGCAUCAGCAUCCAUUUGCAGGGGUCGGUGCUAGAUGCCCCCGAGCUCAUGUGGGCUGAGCCACAGCUCGACCCGGUCUACCAGGCGGUGAGGAGCUAUCUGGAGAUGGACCAGCGCGUGAGUCUCUUGACCGAGCGGCUCAAUGUCAUUGGCGAUCUUCUUGCCGUGCUGAAGGACCAGCUCACGGUGACACACGGCGAAUUGCUCGAGUGGAUCGUCAUUAUUCUGAUCUUCGCCGAAGUCUUGGUCGCAGCCAUUAACAUUUUCGUUGACCUGCACGCUGCCGACUAGCCUGGCGUCGUCUGUGGUUGGGUGCUGAGAUGACUUCACCGGGCAUAGGGGUGGGAUGCUCGAGUGGACCAUAGUUUUUUUUCUAAUUUUUGCUCACGUCCUGGUCGCAGCCACCGAUAUGUUUUUUUUGGCGUGCAUGUUGCAGAAUGGCCUCGACUGUUCCAAGGCUACAUAGAUUGCUGUUUCAUCAUUGCUCGUUGCCGUGUACGAUAUGAGGUUGCUGCACGCUCGGGAGGGUUGGACCAU